AUGAAGCUGAUAAAGUCAGCAAUAUGUCUCCUGUCACUAGCUCUCCUAACCCAGGCAAUGCCAAGAACUCGAAGGGACUCAUGUGACAGCAGAUCUGGAGCGGUCUGCGGUUCAAACGGACACACGUAUCACAAUGAAUGUGAUCUCGAUGACGAUUCCGUAAAAUCGGGCGUUUCAGUCUCAGUACAACACAAAGGAUCAUGCGAUAAAACGUUCCGCCAAGUACCUCGUGCUCCGAGUCCUCCUGUACCAAGAGCGCCAUAUUAUCCAAGUGCUCCCGCAGUACCAAGAGCACCAGUUCCAAAUGUACCACUUUCGCCAAGACAGCCAUACGCUCCAAGCCCUCCUGUGGUACCACGUGCACCUUUUCCACAGGCUCCACUACCCCCGGCAAGAGCUCCCAUUGUGCCACCACGAGCUCCUCUCCCGGGAGGACCUGCAUAUGCCCCUGUACCAGGUGUCAACGCCGAUGUUGAGGUAACAGUUACUGAAUACGAUCUGAGUAACUCUGCAAAUGGUGGUUACAGCGAUAGUGGCAGCAGCGAAGAGUACGAAUAUGAGGGUACCGGCGUUGAUACUACUGACGGAACUGAUGGCACAGAUGGAACGGAUGGAGUUUCUGUUGUUCAGCCUGUUGCCCCCGCCAAUGCACCUAUCUCGGAUGUAGAUGUUACCACUACGGAAUAUGAAAACGCAGCAGAUGGAGAAUACGAAUACGGUAGUGAUGAAGACAGCAGUGAGGAAGAAUAUGGCACAGAAGUAGGUGUUGAUGCUACUGGCGGAACAGAUGGGAGCACAGGGAGUGGUACGUCAACUGGUGUCGUAAUACCAGGGACUUCUGCGGGUGUCCCAGUCUUUCCAGGAGCAGCAAUUCCAUCACGCCCACGUGCACCUGCCCCAAGGAGCCCCGUUUUAGCUCCUCCCCUUUUUCCUCGAGCACCAGCUCCACCAGCUCCAAGUUCACCACGUGCCCCACCACCCCAACUGCCACCAUACACACCAUCUGCCCCAAGUGUCCCACGGGUCCCCCAAAUGCCAAAUGCACCACGGGUCCCCCAAAUGCCAAAUGCACCACGGGUCCCCCAAAUUCCACAUGCACCACAGGCCCCGAGUGUGCCACGCACUCCGCAUGCGCCACAACUGCCACAGACCCCAUAUGCCCCGGAAGUUCCUCAUGCUCCACAAAUGCCGCAUGCCCCACAUACUCCACAUGUUCCAAAUGCCCCUCAGGCACCUCACGUACCAAAUACCCCACACGCUCCUCAUGCCCCACAGUCUCCAUAUGCUCCACCGACUGGACCUUAUGCUCCAUCUUAUCCAGGUUACGGAGAUGACUCUUAUCAUCAAGGCUCUCCAUAUGCACCCGCUGCUCCUGCAUAUCCGCGUGCCCCAGGCGUGUUCCCGACCGAUGGGGGAACGUGCCCUAGACGUGAUGCUAGUGGCCGUUGUGUCCAACAUGCCCCAACUGGUGGUUGCACCCAACGCGAUGCCAGUGGACGUUGUGUUCAAAAUGCUCCAACAGGUGGAUGUACCCAACGCGAUGCCAGUGGACGUUGUGUCCAGCAUACACCAACUGGUGGUUGCACCCAACGCGAUGCCAACGGACGUUGUGUUCAACAGGUUCCGGCUGUCGGAUGUACCACCCAGGAUGCCAGUGGACGUUGUAUCCAAUAUGCCCCAACAGGUGGCUGUACCCAGCUAGAUGCUACUGGACGUUGCAUUCACCAUGGUACUAGCGGUGUGCAAAGGGCUUCUGGGUGCAUACAUCGUGACGCCGCCGGACGAUGCACCCAGUACGACAAUGAUGAUCUGACACUGGGCGCUUUCGCUUGA